UAACACCACGUUCUAUUAUCGCAUGCGAGAGCUUGUCAUCUGUUGCAUGCUGUACGUUUUUGCAACCUGUCUUCAAUGAAGAUUUAUUGAACUUUUCGCAGCUUUGGUUGAUUCUAUUUCAAGACCUUCCUUUAUUAGGUUUCAUUUUGCAGUCAACAGCUUCAGAACCUCAUUGGUUUACUACCCUGACAAACUCGAUUAUGUUUAUCGCGCAAGAUAGAGUGCCUGGCGUCGAAACCAUUGCCGCUGGCUUGCUCUGUGUAGGAACUGGCGCAUUGCUGGUUUUGAUCGUCUACCGUCUAUUUCUCCAUCCUUAUGCCAAGUACCCUGGACCUUUCCUAGCGAAAUUGACAAGUUGGUACUCCAUCUAUCAUGUGUACAAGGGGGAUCUACACACGGAUAUCUACCGGUGCCACGAGAAAUAUGGUGAUCGGGUUCGUUACGGGCCGAACAGACUUCUGAUCAACACAAGAGAGGGUUUCAAGGGCAUCAAUGGGCACGGAAAAAAUGUCAGCAAAUCAAAAGGGCAUCUGAAAAUCUCACUUGUUCCAGGAGUGCAUCCAACCUUGACGACGAUGGACGAUAAGGAGCACGGCAGACUCAGAAGACUUCAUAACCAGGGACUCUCAGACGCGCACAUUCGUACGAUCGAUUCGGAGCUUAGUCGACUGGCUUUGCUAUUCGCUUCUAAUCUUGGUAAGACUGAGGACAUCUUCGAUUCCAGUCUCGAAGCUGGCGAAAACCAAUGGAGUGCUCCCAAGAAUCUAGCUGAAUGGAGUGACUUUUUCACGUUCGAUGUAAUGUCGCAAUUGGUCUUCGGCACGUCCUACCACCUUCUUACCGAUGCUGCCAAUCACUGGAUCAUCGACGGUGUCCUUGGACAAAUGCGACGCAUCAGCUUUCUUGUAACACUGCCAGAACUUCAAGAGCUGCAGUUCCAUCGUAUAUUAUUUCCAGAAGCCCGCAAAAAAGCAAUUCGCUUCUCCGGCAAGAGUCGAGAAAUCCUGGAGGCGAGACGCGCACGUGACAAGACCGACGGUGAUGGAUUCAAGAACGAUCUCUUCUCCAAGCUCUUAGCUGCAAAGGACCCUGAAACUGGCGCAAGUCUUUCUGAAGCCCAACUGUGGGCUGAAAGUAAUUUGCUAAUUAUAGCGGGAUCUGAUACCUCAUCCACUGGUAUCGCAGCGCUUUUCUUUUAUUUAUCUCGCAAUCCCGAAGCCUAUGCUAGAGUCGCCCGAGAAGUUCGCGAGACAUUCACUUCCAAUCAAGAGAUAGCGCAAGGGCCAAAGCUAUCGUCUUGCACCUACCUCCGUGCAUGUGUACAAGAAGCUCUACGGCUCAAUCCAGCUGUAAGUGGCGCCAUGUGGAGAGUCGCCCGACCAGGCGGUCUAGACAUCCCAGCCGAGAAUCUCCACAUCCCCGCAGGUUGCGAAGUAGGCACAGGCAUCUUCUCCCUCAAUCACAACCCAGCCUACUUCCCGGACCCAUGGGCAUACAAGCCAGAGCGCUGGAUCGCAAGCGAGACCGGCGAAGAAGCAGUAGCCACUGCCAAAUCUGCAUUUGCUACGUUCUCUAUUGGUCCACGGAAUUGCGUCGGCAAGAACAUUGCGUUGAUCGAAAUCACGCUGGCUGGGGCUGCUGUUUUGAGGCAGUACGAUUUCCGUCCCGCAGAGUCAUCGCUGGGAGAAGUAGGAGACGGUAAAGGGACUCAGAAGGGAGUGUAUCAAACUCUCUGGGCGUUCACGAGUCUGAAGCAUGGUCCUUACAUCCAGUUUAGGCCUGUCGCAAAGAACGACGCUUAA